AUGCAUUCUCAUUGUGUGAAUCACUGUAACGAGACUGAUAUUCCAAAGAAUGAUGUAGCAGUGACGUUUAAAAGGGGUUUCCAGUCUCAGUCACCAUAUCGGGUCAGCUAUACUAGAAUUAGCGGACAUGACACACUACCAUGGCCUGUUAUAGUUGUUAAAGAAGCUGAAUGGUGGGUUACAACAACGAUUGUUAUGUACAUCAAAGAUCUGGAACUGUUGCAGCUUAAGAACGAUAUAACAACAAGAAAGAAGAGGAAGUGUUCUAAAUCUUGGCACUUCAAAUUCAAAAGCAAAGAAGUUUCAGUGCCUAUACUUUGGGACUUGGUGAGCUCUCAGUCUACAAAAUGGUAUGGCAUAUUGGGUUUCUUUACUGAGUUGAUAGCUCUUAAUCCAGCAGAAAAAUACAGCAGCGCCAUUCUUACGGCAUUGACGUUGAACCAGCUAUGGUGUUACGUAUGUGGUAUUCUACUUGUUGCAGAAACCAGGAUAGCCGUUGUGGCCAUAAAUAAUAUCAAGACUCAGGACUUUCUGUUGAAUCCGUGUGAUAUGACAGUGGAUGAUCAUAGGUGUUGGCUCAGGUUAUUGUCCUUAGUAUUUGUAACAGAGGAGACAAGACCUUGUCAACUGGAAACAAUGUUGACAGAAUAUACAUUGUUACCCAUACAAACUCAGGAAGAUAAACUUAAUCACAGUCAGAGGCUGAUACAAUGUCCCAAGUCUUGGUAA